UUUCAUCAUGAUGGAAAAUUUUAUAACUAAAAGUCAAAACAAAGAGCAGGAGUAUUUACAUCGCACAUUAUAAUGGAUCGGUAUUCACCGUAAAAUUACAUAUUAUACUGCAAAGUUAACAAAAAUUGUAAAAGAGACCUUAUUAUUGCGGUAAAUAUGGCAUCAAAACAUUUGGGUAUGAUAAAAGAAGUGGAAAGUUUUGAAGUGCUUCCGGAAGCGGUAACAUUGCCAGAUGAAAGUGAUCAAAAUGUUGAGACUGCAGUCGAAGCAAUGAUGAAAGUGUCUCCAGUACAAAUACAACAGGAAUAUUAUGAAAAUUUGGGUGAUUGCGAUUGGGUGAAAUACGAGAAAAGCAAUAGAAACUAUUUGCUUCAAAAUGUAGCAUUUGCUCUCUUUGGAGGACCGAGCACUGAAGGAGAGUUGUCUGAAGUCAUUGGAGAUCAACACGCACACCUUGAAGGAUACACCAGCAGGCAGAAAGAACAAGUUAUGAGAGUCUAUGAAAAAUUGUGUGAACAAAGUAAAUAUUCAUACAACGAUGACGACAUAGUUAUGUCUGUGCUCCUUGUGGUGUGUGCUAAACCAAAACCUCUGAAGUUUUAUGAGAUUCAACCCGCAAACUAUUGGUUGGACCUGCAUGAGAGAACCGAUAGUGACAUAUGGUGUACUGCAGUGUUCAGAGUCAGGAAAUGUAUACCUACUACUGUUGGAAUGAAAUCAUGCCGGGUUUACAUAGAUGAAAAUGCGAGAGUUUACCACGACUGGGAAUCGUAUUUAACAAACAAUACUUUGCCAAAAUGUGUUAUCAUUGUACCUGAAAAUGGAGAAUAUACUGGAACACUUCUAGAGGGAGAAGAAACAUUUGCUGUAAAGUUGACGGUAUCACCUUCACCAACAUUGGGUAUUAAGGCUCGAGUACUCAGUUCAGUAGACACGGCUAGUACAGUGGCAUCUAUCGGCGCUAUUGGAGUAAUCGGUGUAGCAGCCUUCACGCCAGUAGCCCCCGUAGUACUCGCCGGCGCCGCAGUAGCUACUGUCGCCACUGGCGUUUAUGGUCUCGUGCGCUCUUCCCUACAUCUUCGUGAUAGAAGCGCUCAUGAACAAACAAUAAGUCCUACGGACGCGGAGGCGCGCGGUAGUUGGUUAAAUAUAGCCGCGUCGAGCGUUGGCCUGGCCGCGGGCGCCGCCAGCUCUCUGCUGUCACGCUCCGCCGCCGCCGGGACUAAUAUGACUAAGACGGGACAAGCGCUGGCCGUAUCAGUAGAAGUACUGCGUCAUGCGAACAUAGUUACGGGUGGUGCUGGAGUUGUCAACAGCUUGCUGCAUAUAGUACUGAAGUAUCGCAAGCACGGAGAGAAACCGACGAAGCUGGAGCUCUUCCAAUUCGCGUCUGCAACGUUAUUCUUCUGUCACGCUGUGGUUUCUAACCGUACAGCUCAAAGUAUCAUUGAAGAUGCCCAGGCGAAAACUAUCAACGAAUACCGAGCCACGCUUAGGAGUAAUAGGCACAGGAAAAUGUUCGACAAAAUCAGCGCUGAAUCUAGAAGAAUACAAGGCGCCGUACAAGGCAACACAGAAGUCAUUAAAGGCAUUCAGAACAUCUUCGACAAAGACCAGUACUUCGCUGACGUACUCAGAAUUAACAAAGAUGUCAACCAACACAAGCUUAGAAUAUCCAUGACAUCGGAUGGCCAAGUCAACUUGAACUCUCAACACAAAUUCAAUCCUUCGGAGUUGUACAAUCUAGGUAAGGAAGGUAGGGCUCAACUGUUCAGUUCUCUGGGACCUGCUUCAUUGACUACCAAUAAUGUGCCGACACGUGUAGUUCCAUCGACUAACGCAGUCACGGGCUACGUUGAAGGCGAAGAAGAAGGCACUUUAGUUGGCAUCCACCCUGGAGAAAUACUAAGAAUCGGUUCUCUCCUUGUUCGAGUUAGUGCUUCAGGCGCCGAGAAUGUGGCUCUCAUGCUAGAAAACCUCAGUCAAGAUGUCUACGCCAACCUCAUGACAAUAUCAUUCAAUGUCUUAUCCAAACUCGUCCCAGAAGACAUCGCCAGACUUAGACUACUGAGCCCUGAAGAGGACUUGAUAGUCCAAAUUGUUAAAUUCGUAUUUAAUUAUAUGAAACACCAAAGACCCCUCGGUGACCCGAGCAGAGACAACGACAAUGGUAUUGUUAUAGUUUUAAAAGAAUUCUUCCAAGAGGGCGUUGUGCGCCAAGAAACAAUAUUGUAUUUGAAAGAUCGUCUGCUCGGCUGGGUCGACAGUGAAAUGGAUCGAAGGUCAUUGGAAUUUCCGAAUAAAAAGUCAAUAGUUUGUGAAACUUGUAGGGGUAUCAGGUAUAUAUAGACAUAUUCUUAGUUCUACAUAAAUUCACGUUUAUCAUCGAUUAUUGGUUUGUCAACACUAUGACUAGUAAAGUUUAAUCUACAGCACGGGUGCUUGGUUAACCUCAAUAAUGUAGGGAAAGUGUUUCACAGGAUACAACUGUGAAAUCUAUUUCUUUUUCGUCUCACGGCAAAACUACUUACCAUGAAAACUACUAUCGAUGCAUAAAUGAAAAAGUAAAAAAUUUAAAACGUCAUAUCUUUUUAAUUUCAAAAAGUAUUCAUCGAUUUAUGCACAUGAGACACUAGAUGUAAGGUGGGCAGUGGGCACUAUUUGUAUCGCAGAUGCCACCCGACGAGAAAUACCUCUUUGAGAAUUACAUGGCGUAAUGUUUUGAUAACAUACUAUGAUUCGUAACUUCGUAAGCGCUUUCGAAGUUUGCUUUUUGCAAUGGAUCCAGUUAUUUUUUGUUUUAAACAUUUGAUUUCUUUGUAAAGCCAUUUUAUUACUGAGACAGAGCCAUUUUACUUCGGGACGAAAUCCAUAUAAAUUCCACGGUGUAUUUAUAUGCAGUAGACAAUGCACUGGGCGUAGCCAGUA